AGACGAGCUAGUUGGAUAAGUAAAGAUGGACAACACAAGAUUGAACAAGUUGUUGAUGCGUUUAUUAAAACAAAGGUGGAACGUCUUCAUUUUACAUCACCUAGUGUUAUUGGAGUUUUUGACACUACAAAUUCGCAUGAUCCAACAUUCAUGCCUGAAGAUCUUCAAGGUCAUGUGUUAAAACAAGAUAAAUCUUAUAUGUCUAUAACUUAUAAUAUAAGGGGUGAUGAAACGAAUGGACGUAUACCCGACUUUCGUUUGCGAGUUGUUAUUCCAAAGAAAAAAGUUGAAAUCAUGGUUGGUGAAAGUUGUCGAAAUGGUGCUGAUGAAAAUAAAGAUGCUGAAGAACGACUAGAAAGGGAGAUAGUCAAUUACAAAAUCAAAGACAUUAAUUGUGAAAUCAGAGAACAAUUUAAUGACAUAGAUCUAUUCGCUAUUCAAUCAAUUGGGUACACGAAACUUGCCUUGUUUGUAUUUGAUUUAGUAGACGGAAUAGCUAUAAGAAAGGGUCGCAAAGAACUAUAUCCAAUUUUUAGCAACACAUCUGAGUAUCACCAGAUACUUCCAAAUUAUGUUACACCACUUUCACCUCCACAUAAUUUAGCUUUGUUCAUUUAUAAUCGAUGUUAA